AUGGCUCCUCCAAUACCCUCUGCGAAACUCACCUUAUCAUAUCCCUUGUAUGCUUCAGACUUCGACCCGAAGAAUGCAGGCUUUCUGUUGGUCGGGGGAGGUGGAGGAGAAGGUAGAAGUGGUGUGGGAAACAAGAUCACGUUGCUCAACACAUCUCGUCGAGAACAAGUCUCCGAAGUGGUCGAGAUCGAAUUGUCGCGCGAGGAAGAUUCUGUCACAUCUCUUGCCAUAGCACAGUCCUCAGACACUUCAGUCACCGCCUUCGCCGGAAUCAACAGCUCAGAAGCAGACCAGAAAGCUGGCAAGAAUCAACAUCUACGAUCCUUCCGGCUGGAGUAUCCUCCACGGAGACAAGUGGAUGGAGAUGGAGAAGCAGAGAAAUCGACCACGUACAGCGGGAAGACAGAGGCGCUGGGCCACACAUCACUAUUUUCCAAACCGCAAGGGGAGAAAGAUGGCAUAUAUCAAAGGACCAUCAGAAUAUCGCCAUCACGAAAUAGCUCACAACGUCCCGUAGCUGCUAUAUCUACCGGUCUGGCUGUUAAAGGGGAAGUAGUCGUCUUCCGCUCUGAUCCAUCCCUCACAAACCCCGAAGUCCUGGGCCGCAUCAAUCUCGACAAAGAAGAAGCAGCAGGUCUCGAUAUCUGGUCAGGAGAGGAGGCCGACACCGCUGUACUAGCCUACUGCACCUCGCUCGAAGUCUUCAUCUACGCCAUAUCUCUCUCCCAAUCCUCCGCGCUCUCAGACCCGAUAUCCGUCUACUCGAUCCCGGCGCCUGAUCCCUUCAAAUCGCCAGUUCGCCCCAAACUGCGCUCCCUGCGCUUCCUCUCCCCACGACACAUCCUCCUCCUCGCCAACCGGCCCUCACGCGCUGGAGCAGACUUGAUUGUCCUCAAACUCGACCGACUUGGCAGCGUGGGGAAUUCGACCCUACAAAAACGCCUCAACAAAUCCACCAAGGCAGCAGUUGGGCUGGAAGUUUGCUUCCUCUCGACCUCGCCAUCAACAGGGGAACGCCAGAUCCUGAUAGCUGUUGCGGGACAAGAUGGGUCCAUCGAACUACUCACAAUGGAAUAUUCGCCGAAACAAGGGCUCGGCAAAUUCAAACCUUACACCAUAAUCCGCGACAUCCACCCAGCAUCCAUCACCAAUCUCGCCUUCUCCACCUUCAUCCCGCCCUCGCCUGCCUCCAUACCCUCUCCCACCCGUCCCCAAUACGUGAACGACCCUUCAAUGGCGGCGGCGUCGGCGUCGGCGACGCCAUCCCACCCAUCGCCAGCAUCUCCUCAAUAG